CGAGAACUGAAACGGAUGGGGAUUGAACUGCUUUGCCUGUUCUUUCUAUUUCUAGGAAGGAAUGAUCACGUACAAGGUGGCUGUUCCAUGGGGGAUGCAGAGACCUGUGAGGACUGCUUACUCAUCGGACCUCAGUGUGCCUGGUGUUCUCAGGAGAAUUUUACCCAUCUAUCGGGAGUUGGAGAAAGGUGUGAUACUCCAGCAAAUCUUUUAGCUAAAGGAUGUCAACUAACCUUCAUCGAAAACCCUGUCUCCCAAGUAGAAAUACUUAUAAAUAAGCCUCUCAGUGUAGGCAGACAGAAAAAUAGUUCCAGCAUCGUUCAGAUUGCCCCUCAAAACUUGGCUCUUAAACUGAGACCAGGCAGUGAACAGACUCUGCAAGUUCAAGUUCGCCAGACCGAGGAUUACCCGGUGGACUUGUAUUACCUCAUGGACCUCUCGGCCUCCAUGGAUGAUGACCUCAACACAAUCAAAGAGCUAGGCUCCCUGCUUUCCAAGGAGAUGUCUAAAUUAACCAGCAACUUUAGACUGGGCUUCGGCUCUUUUGUAGAAAAACCCAUCUCCCCUUUUAUGAAAACAACACCAGAAGAAAUCGCCAACCCUUGCAGUAGUAUUCCAUACAUUUGUUUACCUACAUUUGGAUUCAAGCACAUUUUGCCGUUGACAAAUGAUGCAGAAAGAUUCAAUGAAAUUGUGAAGAAUCAGAAAAUUUCUGCUAAUAUUGACACCCCAGAAGGUGGAUUUGAUGCAAUUAUGCAAGCUGCUGUAUGUAAGGAAAAAAUUGGCUGGCGUAAUGACUCCCUCCAUCUCCUGGUCUUUGUGAGCGAUGCCGAUUCUCAUUUUGGAAUGGACAGCAAACUGGCAGGCAUCGUCAUUCCUAACGAUGGGCUCUGUCACUUGGACAGCAAGAAUGAAUACUCCAUGUCAACAGUCUUGGAAUAUCCAACAAUUGGACAACUCAUUGAUAAACUGGUGCAAAAUAACGUAUUAUUGAUCUUUGCUGUAACCCAAGAACAAGUUCAUUUGUAUGAGAAUUAUGCAAAACUCAUUCCUGGAGCUACAGUAGGGGUGCUACAGAAGGACUCUGGAAACAUUCUCCAGCUGAUCAUCUCGGCUUAUGAAGAACUCCGGUCUGAGGUGGAGCUGGAGGUGUUAGGAGACACAGAAGGACUCAACCUGUCAUUCACAGCUGUCUGUAAUACUGGGACCCCCUUUCCACACCAAAAGAAAUGCUCUCACAUGAAGGUGGGAGACACAGCUUCGUUCAACGUGACUGUGAGUAUACCAAACUGUGAGAGAAGAAGCAGGCACAUUGUCAUAAAGCCUGUGGGGCUGGGGGACGCCCUGGAGAUCCUUGUCAGUCCAGAAUGCAGCUGUGACUGUCAGAAGGAAGUGGAGGUGAACAGCUCCAGAUGCAGCAACGGAAACGGCUCCUUCCAGUGUGGAGUGUGCGCCUGCCACCCUGGCCACAUGGGUCCUCACUGCGAGUGUGGGGAGGACACGCUGAGCACCGACUCCUGCAAGGAGGCCCCGGAACUCCCCGCGUGCAGCGGAAGAGGCGAUUGCUACUGCGGGCAGUGCAUCUGCCACUUGUCCCCCUAUGGAGCCAUUUAUGGCCCUUACUGCCAGUGUGACAAUUUCUCCUGCGUGAGACACAGAGGGCUGCUCUGUGGAGAUAACGGCGACUGUGACUGCGGCGAGUGCGUGUGCAGGAGCGGCUGGACGGGCGAGUACUGUAACUGCACCACCAGCACGGAGCCCUGCAUCUCCGAAGACGGGGCGCUUUGCAGCGGGCGAGGGGGCUGUGUGUGCGGCAAGUGCGUUUGCACGAACCCCGGAGCCUCGGGACCCACCUGCGAACGUUGUCCCACCUGUGGCGAUCCCUGUAACUCUAAAUGGAGCUGCAUUGAAUGCUACCUGUCUGCAGAUGGCCAGGCCGGAGAAGACUGUGUUGACAAAUGCAAAUUAGCUGGUGCGACCAUCAACGAAGAAGAAGAUUUCUCAAAGGAUAGUUCUGUUUCCUGUUCUCUGCGAGGAGAAAAUGAAUGUCUUAUUACAUUCCUAAUAACUACAGAUAACGAAGGGAAAACCAUCAUUCACAGCAUUAAUGAGAAAGACUGUCCAAAACCUCCGAAUAUUCCCAUGAUCAUGUUGGGGGUUUCGCUGGCUAUUCUUCUCAUUGGAGUCGUCCUACUGUGCAUUUGGAAGCUGCUGGUGUCAUUUCACGAUCGGAAAGAAGUUGCCAAAUUUGAAACAGAAAGGUCAAAGGCCAAGUGGCAAACGGGAACCAAUCCACUGUACAGAGGCUCCACCAGUACCUUUAAAAAUGUAACCUAUAAACACAGGGAAAAACAAAAGGUAGACCUUUCCACGGAUGGAUAG